AUGCUGAAGGAGUCAAAGAAAAAUCGGGAACGGCGCCGUCACUCGGUGAAUGCUGAAAACAAACUCGACCUUCCGUCUGCUCCUAAAGGCGACCUGAUAACUUCAAGCAGCAAGAGCGACAACUGUUGUCUAAACGGGGGCAUCUGUAUUAUGAACUCGUUCUGCCACUGUCCAAAACCUUAUUACGGGCGCUACUGCGAGAAGGAAGUACGGCAUAGGUCAUGUGGUACAAUACCUCACGGCACGUGGAUGGCGUCUGGCUGUCACCUGUGUCACUGUUUCGAUGGCAACAUGAGGUGCAAGGCCACCACGAUUCCCGGAUGUUACGAUAUGCAAUACGUUGAGGGCCAUGAAAAUGACCCGGAUUAUCUUGUCGGAAUCGACAACAAGUACGGGGCGAAAGAUAACGACUUCUAUGACACUUAUGCCGAUAACACGUCAGAUGACGCCACAUCCGGGGCAAGUGGAGUUACGUUCUCAGUACCCUUUUUCUCGUUAAUGGCAAUAACACUGUUAACUGUCAUCAAGGGAUCUUGAGAAAAUACUUCAUUCGCCAAGCACCGGCUAUAGAAUAUACCAGUUUACGUCAUACAAUAUGUGACCUCAUGAUUCACGUCACGCUUCAUUUGAUGUCAGUAGAUUAAAGCGUCGAUGGCGUAGUGGAGAAUCUAGUUUUGAGUGGAAGACUUUUGCUAAGUUAGUUUAGCAGUCGUUUUCGAAAAUGGGUCUUGUACAAUAUGCUGCAAGCAUAGCUUCAGACCAACCUGUGCAUAUGGACAGACUGCGCAGGAUUACCCUGUCCACUGUAAAGUCACGCAAGGUUUCGUGGUAUCAUUAGUUGACAGAGAUGCUCCUAGCCAGGCUGUGCAUAUGUGUGUGCGAUUAUUCGCUGAUAAUAUUUAUUGAGCGAUAACAUAAUGUGUUGAGUAAAACAUGGUGGUAAACAUAUUGGAAUAUAAGCUAUAAAAAGUGGUGAUAUUGGUAAACAUAAAGAAGGGUUAAGAGGUGCAUGGAGAUAAAAAUUCAGUGCUUAAAACCGCAUGCUCAUCGGGCAUACCUUGAACAACGAUCAACACCUGAACGGGACUGUGGGAAACAAAAAUAUUUU